UCGUUGCACGUGAGCCGCUGGUGGUGUUUCCCUCGCUGGAGUUUGGUGUUUGUGGUCCUGUUCUUUAGUAAAAUUGUGUAUUGUUUAUUUCGUACGAACAUGUUGGCGGUGGAAAGUGCGACGGACGCCAGUGAGGUGAAGCACACCGGCAGCCCCGGCGUAGAAGAAACACGCGGAAAGAAAAGGAAAAUAUCACUGCAGAGCUGUGAAGCCUGCGGUACCGAAGAAGCAAAAUACAGGUGUCCAGCUUGCUUGAAACACUCCUGCAGCCUGUUCUGUGUCAAGAAACAUAAAUCAGAAUCUGGAUGUACAGGAGCUCGGGAUAAGACUGCCUUCGCGCCCAUAUCCAAGUUCGAUGAAAUGAAUAUGCUCAGUGAUUAUAGGUUUCUGGAGGAUACUGCAAGAGUAGCAGACAGUGUUAGCAGGGAUUUUGGCCAUCUGCCACACCACAGGAGCCAGAAAGUCAGGAUAAUGAAACGAGCUGCCUACAAAUUCAGCAUGGAGCUGAAGUUUCUCCCAAAUGGGUUUACAAAGAGACGAGAGAACUCCACAUUCUUCCAGAAAGGAUUGCAGCAGUUUUUUUGGCAUGUGAAGCUUCUGUUUCCACAGAGCAGCUCUGAGUACACGGAGAGAAGGGUGCCGGACAAUCGAACUCUCAAGGAAAUCCUCACUCCUUACAUCCACCCUACUGAGUCAGAGCCAGUGAAACGACAGAAGUUGAAGAUGUAUGUGCAUGCCACUUUUGAGAAUGUCUGUGUUUUCAUGAAAGUGGAGAACAGAAGGUCUAAUUCCCUCAGGUACCAUGAGCUUAGUCUCCUGGAAACGCUUCAAGACAACCUGAGGAACAAGACGAUCAUUGAGUAUCCAGUGCUGCAUGUCGUACUGAGCGAUCACGCCCAAAACUAUGUUCUUGAGCAAGAGGCAGCAGAUCGAGGCCCUGGGGUAGUUGAGGUGAGGGAGGUUUUUGUGGAAACCAGGACUGAAGAAUCAAAGACAGUGCCAACAAAAGACGACGAUGAUGAUGAUGAUGAUGAUAUUGAGGAAGGAGAAAUCCGUGACGAUGACGAUGAGCACAGCGAUCACAGAGGUGACCUGGCAGAUAAUAGUAGUAAUGGUAAAGACUGA